UUAGCACUUAUUGUCGACUAUUCAAAAUGUCUCGUCCAAGCACUGCAAGAGGUGUCUCCACCACCAACAUCCAAGGUGGCAGCUGGAGAGUUCUUGAAGGCAAGAUCGCCAUUGUUACCGGAGCUUCACGAGGAAUUGGUGCGGCAAUAUGCGAGAACCUGGCAGCCAAAGGUGCCAGCCUUGUCAUGAACUACACCUCUGAUAAUAGCGCUGCAAAGACCGAAGAACUUGCCAAGCGCCUUCAGGAGGAGCAUGGCAUUCAGACUCUGCCUGUUCAGGCAGACAUGGGUAAUGUCAAUGGUCCAGCGCAUGUCAUCAAUAUCGCAAAAAACAAUUUCGCUCACCCAAAGAGCGGAAAAUUCCAAAUCGAUAUCAUCAUCAACAAUGCAGGUGUAGCUAGCAAGACGGAUAUCGAAGACUGCACACCGGAAGAAUUCGACCGCUUAUAUCACGUCAAUGUUAGAGGACCGCUUCUUCUUAUCAAGGCAGCAGUGCAAUACUUGCCUCACGAUCGCAGCGGAAGGAUCGUGAAUUUGAGCAGCGUAAGCUCCAGUCUGGGCUUCAAUGGAGACGGAAUGUAUGGGGGAACAAAGGCAGCACUGGAAGCCAUGACGAGAACCUGGGCCAGAGAACUAAGCGAGCGGGCAACUGUCAAUGCCGUGAACCCUGGACCAGUCGCUACCGAUAUGUACGCUGGAACGACACCAGAAUUCCAAGGAAAGAUGGCCGGCUGGACGCGCAAUACCCCUCUUGCAGCAAUCCGGCCCGACAUCGAUCGCAAGGAUCUUGUCGACAAUGCUGAACUUGCUGGAGGUAGACCGGCUUACGACUACGAAAUCGCAGGCGUGGUGGCGAUGCUCUGUACUCCUGAUAGUGCUUGGUGCACAGGCUCCGUCGUUUGUGCGAAUGGAGGGUUCAAGUUCAGCUACUAAUUAUCAAAAUGAAUCGCACGCCGUAGACGCGUUCUAUACUGCAAGACUACGCUGUUCGUGCUGUAGCCCGGUACUCCACAGCAGCGCUUCCGG